AUGCAGCCCAGAGCGGGUCAAUCCCGGACACAAGUAGCUCGACCUGCCGCUCGGUACAGGCCGGGCAAAAGCCUAGCGGGCCAGGCAGACGAGCGCUACUCUUCCGACGAGAGGUCUUCGGGUGACGAAGCGCCAGGACGAGCAUCCAAUUCCGCUCAAAAUGAUACAGGCUUGACCUACUUUCAAGUCGGGCCCAGUUCGGGAAUUGGAUCGACCAAAAAGGAUAUUACGCUAGAUCUGAAAGAUGUCAGAGUGGGAGGGGAGCAAGCAGAAGAGGAGAGCGAGUACGAGACGGAUACAGAUGAGGAACAAGAUGUCAAGGCUCCUGGCUUGCCGCAUUCGAGAGCAGGGUUCGGGAGAAUGCCGCCAACGAAGAAGGGGAGCAGCGAGGAGUACGAGACGGACACGGGCUCGGACGAGGAACAGUCUUCUGAAGAAGAAGAGAAGAGACCAAUGAUGGUCAAACCCAUUUUUGUCCCAAAGUGAGCGAUGCUGCGUCAGUUUCUCUCGCGGUCCCUUUGAUAAUGUCGUUGACAAGCGUCCGUCUGCGUCUCUGACAGGAGCAAACGAACCACUACUGCAGCGCCUCCAGAUAUGCCCAGCAGUGAUCAGGCUCGUGCAGUGCCACAAAAGACGGAGGAGUCACUAGCACCUUUACAAACGCUCGACGCAGAUGCUUUGGCGGAAUUCAAAGAGGCAGAAAAGCAAAAGCAACGGAAGUUGCAAAGUCAGCAGCUGGCGGCGCAGAGCAUUGGGAGACAGCUUCUGGAAAGUAAGUUGGACUGAAGUAGCGCGACAGCACACAAGAUAUUCCUUAAAGAGGCUCAUGCUCAUGAGUUCCUGUUGUUUUUUCUUUAUCAACGUGCGCAGAAGCAGCAGCUGAAGCCGUGCCGGAUCUGGACGACACUGAUGGGCUGGAUCCCGAAGAAGAGUUUCAAUCCUGGAGGUUACGAGAGCUAGAGCGUCUAGCUCGCGAGCGAUCUAAAGCUGACGCUGCCCAAGCCGAAAAGGCCGAAAUUGAGCGUCGUAGAGCGAUGCCUUCCGCUCAAAGAGAUGCGGAGGACAUAGCGCAUGCAGAAAAGACUCGGCAAGAGAAAUUGGAGAGGAGGAGGGAAGCUCUAGCCCUUGCUUCGGCCGACGGAGGGGGCGAAUCUUCUUCUGCUGUCGGUGCGGGUGGGAAGUAUUACCACAAGGGUGCAUUCUAUCAGGGCGGUCCCAAUGAAGACGAUGAGAUUUUCAAGAGAGAUUAUCAAGGACUUACGGAAGGACAAGUGGAUAUGAAGCUGUUACCAAAGGUGAUGCAGGUCAAAGACUAUGGCAAAAAGGGAAGGAGCAAGUAUACCAACUUGAAAGAUCAAGACACGAGCAGAUCAGGCAAAGAUCCCAGAUUCGAGCAAAGGCGCAACGGCGAAGCUGGGCAAGGCUGCUUUCGAUGUGGCGGAGAUCACCUGAAGAAGGAUUGUCCAGAGACUUGGGUGGAUACCCACGGGAGAGGGCCUGCAAGUAGAACCUCGACAGGCGCCAACUCGUACCGAGCAGACGGCAGGCGGAGAGAGUGGGGCGGUGAAGUCAGAGAUGAAGAGCGCAUGGAUGCGCGCUUAGAAGGUCAAAGAGAAGACUUGGACCGGCAUAGCCGCCACGAGAAAUACGGCAGCAGACCGACUGAGCGAGAAUGGCAAGACGAUAAACGGCAUCGACCUCACGAUGAAGAUCGCGAAAGGGACUAUGGAAGUAGACGAGACCGUUCAAGAGAGCGGUCCAAGUCGGACAGACAUGGUUCGCGCUAUGAUGACCGAUCGCGCGACGCUUACGAUUCGCGGUACCACGGGUCGGACCGCCGAGAAUCUCGAAGACACCGCGUUAGCCGCGACGAGCCCUACGAGGACGGCCACGCUCGGAAGCGCAGACGAAGCAGAAGUCGGAGUCCGCAAUAA